AUGAGGGGGGGCGAGUCGAGAGUACUUACGGGCACUGUACUGCCAUGUUGCAAUGCCGGCGGUCAGCAGGCCCUGCUAGGCGGAUGGCCAUGUACACUACUGAGAGUGCCAGCGCUCGUCGCAGAUGCCACGACGGCUGACCCCCCAGUCCAGCCGUUGGCGUGGCUCUUCGUAGCGCUGCAGCGCGCAGAUCACCCUGCUCCUUGCCCGCCCAAGGGAGCGACCAUGAAACAGGCCGAAAGACCCGUCGCUCCCGGAACGUCAUGUAGUCAGGGCGUUUUGCUUCCUGAAAAGCACAGUCGCUCAUUUCAUUUGUCUCGCCGACAAGCCAAGGCCACGUCUGGCAACGCCUCGAAGCCCUAUCCGCUUGCUGCAUCUCGCCCGCCUCGUCGACUCUUCCUCUCUCGCCCGUCUCCAUCUGCCAGGGCUCUACUAGCACUGGCCAACUGUUCAGCCCUCGCUGACAAGCUGUAUUCCUCAAUCUCACACGACACACCCGUCAACACCAUGAUCCUCAGAGAAUCAGAGUCCAACAACAUGGGCCGCGGUGCUUACGACACGACUGGCACUCCCAAGCCGUCGCCCACCACCACGCCGCCAACCAAAUAA